CUGUAAAAAGCAACCGUCAUUUUGACGGCCAUCUUUUUAUCUAUUUUGACGAGCCGUCGUUGUCAAACGCGAAAGACGGCGACUUCUCCGUGAACGAGCGAGCGAGGAGAAAGAGACGGAGAGCGCAACACAAAACGAGAAACUCUAUUGGCUGGCGCGUAGGGGUACGUCAUCUGAGUCAUCGUUCCACGUGGGCUUCGGGCCCCCGCGGAUGCUUUCAAGGAAGGAGUCCUCCUCGUCCGGUUGUUGCCUGAGCAGUGGCGCCGUCCCCUCGCUUUUCUUUGUGCGCGCUGCUACUGCCUGGGCGUGCGUUCGGCUUUUUUCGCCAUUUUUGCCUUUUUGUGUGUGGCGCGUUGGAAGGCCGCGAAGACGCAAUCAAGGAGCGUGUGGGCAUCGAGCUGCAGCCGAAAAUCAACUGCAGCGGGUUAAGCAUGCAGCUGAAGGGGGGCCGGAAGGACUGCCAGCAACGCCGCACCUUGCUGUCAUUGGAUCAAGCAUGGGGGACAUAAAGAAAAUCAUCGUUGCAGUUGAUGCUGUAGAAUUCAUCUCUACAAGAAGUCUUGAGAAGGCCAUGGGCCUCCUCCUAGGUGCCUUCCUUGUUUUCAACGUGGCGUGCCCUCCCGACUGUCCCCUCGCCAUGGAGUUUUCGCAGAGGUACCUGGGGCAGAUCGACCCAACGAAAGGGCGCGGCAAAGGCACGGCCGGCAGAAUCGCCCCAAAGUUACUCAGCCUGCUGAAAGCACUUUAAUUUAUGAAUAAAUGUGCAAGUAUAGAUGUG